GAGGGAGGGUGUUGUGUUGUGUUGGGAGGAGAGCCGGAGCCCCCGGGAGCUGACGGGGCGAGUCCAGCGGAGUCGAGUCAUGGCCGCGCACCUCGAAGACUCGUUCCCUUUUCACGGGCUCCUGCCGAAGAAGGAGACGGGCUCCCUGUCCUUCCUGGCUCGGCAUCCGGAGUACGACGGCCGGGGAGUCCUCAUCGCCGUCCUGGACACGGGGGUGGAUCCCGGAGCGCCGGGAAUGCAGGUAACAAGUGAUGGAAAACCUAAAAUUGUUGACAUUAUAGAUACCACAGGCAGUGGGGAUGUGAAUACAUCCACUGUAAUGGAGACAAAGGAUGGGAAAAUUGUUGGUCUUUCAGGAUGUACCCUUAAGAUUCCUGAAAAUUGGGUUAAUCCAUCUGGAAAAUAUCAUGUUGGUAUCAAAAAUGGUUACGAAUUUUACCCUAAAGCGCUUAAAGAAAGAAUACAGAAAGAAAGGAAAGAGAAGCUUUGGGAUCCUUUCCAGCGUGUUUCAUUAGCAGAAGCCUGCAGAAAAUUGGAUGAAUUUGACAACACUCAUACAAAUCUGUCACAAGUAGAGAAGAUGCAAAGAGAGGAAUUGCAGAGUCAAGUAGAGUUGCUGAAUUUGCAGGAGAAGAAAUUGAGUGACCCUGGUCCUGUCUAUGAUUGCUUGGUGUGGCACGAUGGGGAGACUUGGAGAGCGUGUGUGGAUACAAGUGAAUGUGGGAACCUGGACAAAUGCAGUGUGAUGCAGAAUUACAGAGAAGCUCAAGAAUAUUCUUCACUGGGGGUAUCUGAGAUGUUGAACUACUCUGUCAACAUUUAUGAUGAAGGCAACACACUUUGUAUUGUAACAAGUGGAGGGGCCCAUGGGACACAUGUAGCUAGUAUAGCUGCUGGCUACUUCCCAGAAGAUCCUGAACGGAAUGGCGUGGCUCCUGGGGCUCAGAUUCUUGCAAUGAAGAUUGGUGAUACAAGGCUGAGUACCAUGGAAACUGGCACAGGCUUGAUUAGAGCUAUGAUUGAAGCAAUAAAGUAUAAAUGUGACCUUGUAAACUACAGCUACGGUGAGGCUACACAUUGGCCCAAUUCAGGGCGCAUUUGUGAGGUGAUUAACGAAGCAGUGUUGAAGCACAAUGUGAUCUAUGUUUCAAGUGCAGGCAAUAAUGGGCCCUGCCUUUCCACUGUUGGGUGCCCAGGUGGAACUACUUACGGUGUCAUUGGUGUUGGAGCAUAUGUUUCUCCUGACAUGAUGAUUGCUGAAUACUCCUUGAGAGAAAAGCUGCCUGCUAACCAGUACACUUGGUCAUCAAGAGGACCAAGCACUGAUGGAGCUCUUGGAGUGAGUAUUAGUGCGCCUGGGGGAGCCAUAGCUUCUGUUCCGAACUGGACACUACGUGGAACACAGUUGAUGAAUGGCACCUCCAUGUCUUCACCAAAUGCAUGUGGAGGCAUUGCUCUGCUGCUUUCAGGUCUUAAAGUUAAUGACAUUCAUUAUACUGUACAGUCCAUUCGUCGAGCUCUUGAAAACACAGCCUUAAAGGUUGAUGAUAUUGAAGUAUUUGCACAAGGACAUGGAGUAAUUCAGAUUGAUGAAGCUUAUGACUACCUCAUACAAAAUGCAACAGUAACGAGCAGCAACUUGGGUUUCACCAUUGCUGCUUCCAACCAACGUGGGCUCUACCUCCGGGAAUUAGUCCAGCUCACAUCACCUUCUGAUCAUGGAGUCAGCAUAGAACCUGUGUUUCCAGAACAAACAGCAAACUCUGAAAAGAUAUCUCUCCAACUUCACCUAGCUUUGACCUGUAAUGCACCAUGGAUUCAGUGCCCCAGUCACUUGGAGUUAAUGAAUCAGUGUAGACAUAUAACUGUACGGGUGGAUCCACGUGGCCUCAGAGAAGGAGUGCAUUAUACUGAGGUUUGUGGCUAUGAUAUCAAAGUUCCUAAUGCAGGCCCUUUAUUUAGACUUCCAAUAACUGUCACUAUGCCAUCAAGGUUAGAUGAAAACUCUGGAUAUGAACUUUCAUACAAUGAUGUUCACUUUAAACCUGGUCAAAUCAGACGGCACUUUAUUGAGGUUCCACGGGGAGCUACAUGGGCUGAUGUCACCAUAUCUUCAUGUUCCUCUGAUGUGUUCUCAAAGUUUGUUCUGCAUGCAGUUCAACUUGAAAAACAAAAAGCCUAUCGCACUCACGAGUUUUACAAAUUCACGUCACUUCCAGAGAAAGGAUCUUUGAGUGAAGCAUUCCCGGUUUUGGAUGGUAAAGUGAUUGAGUUUUGCAUUGCCCGCUGGUGGGCUAGUCUUGGUGAUGUCCACAUCAAUUACACAAUUUCCUUCCAUGGUCUCCUUUGCACCCCUAGCCAGCUGCACAUUCAUGCAUCAGAUGGAAUUUCUCGUUUUGAUGUAAGGUCCACCUUGAAAUAUGAAGACCUCUCUCCUUCAAUAAACCUGAAGAGCUGGGUUCAGCCUUUGAGACCAGUUAGUGCAAAAACGAGGCCUUUAGGAGCACGGGAUACUCUACCAAAUAAUCGUCAGCUGUAUGAGAUUAUAUUAACAUACAACUUUUACCAACCCAAGAAUGGAGAGGUGACACCCAGCUGUCCACUGCUUUGUGAACUACUGUAUGAGUCGGAGUUUGACAGCCAACUGUGGAUGCUAUAUGAUCAAAACAAGAAGCUGCUGGGUUCAGGCGAUGCCUACCCACAUCAGUAUGCUCUCAAAUUGGAGAAGGGAGACUACACUAUCCGAUUUCAAGUGCGUCAUGAGCAACUUAGUGAGCUGGAUCGCCUUAAGGACCUUCCCAUUGUGGUUUCCCACAGACUCCCCGGUGCUCUGAAUUUAGAUAUUUACGAUAACCACAGCAAUGCACUUCUAGGCAAGAAAAAAGUGAAUAAUUUAACUCUACCACCACAUUGCUCACAGCCUUUCUUUGUUGCUUCUCUUUCUGACGAUAAAAUUCCUAAAGGAGCAGGACCAGGCUGUUACCUGUUAGGAACCUUAGGUCUGCCAAAGAGUGAUCUAGGAAAGAAAGCUGGGCAGGCUGCAUCAAAACGUCAAGGAAAAUUUAAAAAGGACAUGAUAUCUGUGCAAUACCAUCUCAUACCAUCCCCAAAUAAGCAGAAAAAUGGAAACAAAGAUAAAGACAAAGAUGGGGAUAAAGAGAAAGAUGUUAAAGAUGAGUUUGCUGAUGCUCUCAGAGAUAUGAAGAUACAGUGGAUGGCUAAGUUGGAUGUGAAUGUCCUGUAUGAUGAGCUGAAAGAGGCUUAUCCUGCUCAUCUUCCUCUGUAUGUUGCACGACUUCAUCAACUGGACUCUGAGAAGGAACGGAUGAAAAGACUGGAUGAGAUUGUGGUAGCAGCAGAUGUUGUCAUCUCGCAUAUUGAUCAAACUGGACUGGCUAUCCAUCUAGCCAUGAAAACUGAUUGCAGACCUGAAGCAGCUGCUAUCAAAAGUGACAUGGAGAAACAGAAAACAUCCCUGAUAGAUGCUCUGUGCCGGAAGGGCUGUGCCCUGGCCGAUCAGUUCCUUCAGUUUCAAUCACAAGGAGGUGCAGCCUCAGAAGAAAUGAGCAGCACAGAAGACGAUCCCAAAGGCAAUUUCAAAAGCCUAACUGAAACUUUCAAUGAAAUCCUAAAAUGGAUCGAGUUGACUGAUACUAAGGUUUUAACUUUUGCAUACAAACAUGCUCUGGUGAGUAAAAUGUAUGGACGGGCACUCAAGUUUGCAAUGAAACUUGUAGAGGAUAAAUCAAGUAAAGAGAACUGGAAAAACUGUAUCCAGCUAAUGAAGUUACUUGGAUGGAAUCACUGUGCAUCGUUUAUAGAGCGUUCGCUUCCUGUAAUGUAUCCUCCAGAUUACAGCCCUUUCUAGAAUAACAAAUGCUCCUCAGAUCAAAUUGAAUGAAGCAAAACAAUCUAGCUGUUUUUAUACUUUUUUUUUUAAACGGCAGUUUUUUUUUUACUUUUUUGAACUUUUGUACAGCACGUUUUCAUUCAGUGUAAGAUGCUGUUGUCAUUGGACGUGUCUGUUGCCUUUUGCCAUUAGAGCUUCUCCUUUGAAAAUGAAGCACACACCACUCGUUUUCAUUGAAACUAAAGGCGAGAAAAGUUCCGUUUUGCCUAUUUCUAGAUGUUUGGAGGGAUGGAUUUGCGUGAUUUUUUUAUUUAUUGGGCAGGCUGAUACACAGGUUUUUAGAAUUAUCGUUUUGGCAUAUUUGGUCAACACGCGCUUAUUGUCUCCAGGCCAUCAAGUGUUUGCAACGACUGUCUCAUUUCCUGAUUUUUUAAAAAAUGUGUACUGUAUACAUAUAUCCCCAAAUUGUAGGAAAUUGUGUGCUUUUAAUGUAAAAUACUAUUCCUGGACUCUCCCUUUUCGCAGCAUGCAGUAUCCAGGAAGAACCCAAGUAAUGUUAGCACUAGUGCUUCACGUGCACCAGUUUCAAAAGACGUAAGAAAUCAAAAUAAACUCAUUGUGGCAUUAAGAAAAGGUUCUAAAUGUGUUUAGUGAAAAAAGGAUGUUUGGCAUUUGUGAUUGCCUUCACUGAUCAGUAUAGGUAGGUUUUAUAUUUGUCUAUUAUAUUAUAAACACAUUUCCUUUUAAAGGCCUUUCGUGCUUUUUUAUUUUGCUGAUUGGGCAAUGUACCUUGUUGGAGGAAAACUAAACUGUCUGGGUAAUUUUUCAUAUUUUCAGUACUGAAAUUUUAUCAGUAGCUAAAAGGGCUGAAAUAAAUAAAUUUCAGCCCUUUACAAAAUGUGCACUGAAUAAAGUAACAUUUUAACAAAUUAUGCUAAUUAAACCUAAUUUUCAAAAUGAGUUGAUUAGAAAGUAUCCUGAAAUUCCUGGUUGUGGGUAAGGAGCAGUGAUCCAGGAGUGGUGUACGGUAAUAUAAUACGUUACUUUUUCAGUAUUGUGAAUUCAUGAAUAAGUUCUGAAUCUCACUUUGUCAAACAGGGAAAAUACAGUUUACAAUGCCAGUUACACAAACAAAAGUGCCAUGAUAUUAUGUAUUCAAUGAAAUGCUAUGUACCCUAAAUCUGGACUCCUAUCUAUAAACACUUGAGUAAAUAUGCUUGAGGGUUGUCCAUUGGCUAACACUUAUGUUGAUGUGAUCAUUCUGUUAAUAUGGGGGCUAGUGCACAUAUGGCUUAGUUAAGAUUUCAAUUUGAGUGAUAAGGUUGUCAACCCCAUUGUAACCAGUUCAACUUUCUUUUCUUGAACCAAUAUAUUUAUUGUUAAACCAUGAAAACCAAGCGUUUCUCCUGUUGUGUUGCCACCAGUUUCAGUUUAAUGUAUAAAUGCAUCAUAUAUUGUAAGUCCUUAUACAGCAAGACAUUAUUAAAAAGCAAAGCAAUGAUACAUAAAGUUUGGUCUUGUUAUAUGACUGUUUUGCUUUAGAUCUUUUUAUUUCUAACUUUUGUAUUUUUUAUAAAAUAUUUUGAUUGCUUAAUGGGGAGGGAUAUUUAGGUAUUUACAAGAUUCUGACAUAAACCCUGUAGCUCAGUGGUUAGAGUACUCGCCUCGCAAGCAAGACAA